AUGAAAGAGUUCGAAGAUAAAUUCAACACUAAAUACACCAUCCCAUUGAAGAAAUCAGUAGCAGAUAGAUUUGGCGUCUCAAAGGACACUGCAUGGGAAACUACUAUGACUAUCGCACGAGUUCUAAAUGAGCAGGCCCCUACUUAUAUAAGGUGGCUCGUGAGUCCAGAAUUUGUUACAGUAGAACAGGAUUUUGCAGAACUAGCAGGAUUUCCGGGUGUUGUAGCAGCCGUAGACGGAACUCAUAUAGAAGUCAAUGCUCCUUCCAAUGACGAAUAUUCUUAUUUCAAUCGCAAACAUUAUCAUUCUGUGAUACUCCAAGGAAUAUGUAAUUCGAACAAAAAAUUUGUCGACGUUCUCACUGGAGUUUGCGGAAGCAUUCAUGAUACACGUGUAUGGCACAUCAGUCACAUAAAUGAAGCGAUCGAAAAUGGUCCUGACCGAUACUGUCUAGGGGAGAGACACACAUUAGGAGAUUCUGCCUACCCUUUGCAGUAUACUUUAUUACCUUCUUACCGCGAUGACGGUCACCUCACGGAAAUUGAACGAAAUUAUAACACAGUUCUCUCUAAAACUCGUGUUCAGCAUGCAACAGAUUUAGUUGCAGCAAUAGAAAAACGCGAUGUAUUUUCUGCAUUAUUGAUAGAGCAAAGAAGAAAUGCGUAA